GAAUUGCAACUCUCUUGCUCUGUCAAGACCCUCAAACGCCGCUGCAAAGAAGCUGGAUACUACUCUUGUAUCUGCUGCCAAAAGCCCUACCUCACUAAGACCCAAGCCAAUGCGCGGUGGCUGUGGGGGAUAGCACACAUGUUUUGGACUAUUUGGGAAUGGAGUCAGAUACUGUACUCAGAUGAGGUCACAUUUCAAGUUGGAGGGAAGAAAUGCAAGCAGAGGUGUAUUAGGAAUAAGAAGGAACGCUGUCAUCCUGACUGCAUUCAAUUCCAAAUGCAUAGAGGUGGCACUAUUCCUGUACACUUCUUUGGUGCUGUAGGCUACGGAUACAAAAGUCCAUUGAUCAACAUUCAUGGAACUAGGAAGAGUGGGGCAUUUACACAAACUGAUUACCUUGCUCAAGUACUCAAGCCUUAUAUUCAGGAUUUUUUAGCUGCUUUUGCGGCUGUUUUGGGGCCUGGGAAGACCCCUCAGUUCAUGGAAGACGGCAACUCUGCUCACGGCCACAAGACUACUAGCAAUAUUUGUGCUACUUGGCGUACUUCUAUGGGUAUUACUCUAUUCCCCCAUCCUGCAGUUAGCCCUGAUAUGAAUCCUAUUGAGAAGUGCUGGAGGAGAAUAAAACAAGCUCUCCAUAGGCGCCUAAGGCAGCCAACAACUGAGGUUCAAAUGGUUGUAGCAGUAUUAGAAGAAUGGGACAAAAUUCCUCAGGAAUGGAUCAAUGGGCUUAUU